UUUGGUGUCAGAAUAUUAAUUUUACUGUUUCGAAACGUUAACAUAGUGUUCACUGUGUUCAUUUUAAAUUAUACAUUUUGUGCUGUGAAAUUGAAAUAAGUAAAAACUACAAACAAUAAAAAUAAAAUAUUUCAAUAAGUUUUUAACUAUCAUAAAAAGGGAUAUAUUUCUGGUUGAAACUUUUGCAAAAAAAACACAAAACUUUAAACUUUACGUUUUAAUUGCAAGUUAUAUGUUUACUGUCGUUUUUAUUCAUUUUUUCCAACCGAACACUAACAACGUGACACAAGUGACAACAUUCAGUUUUUGUUUAGUCUCAUUAUCUCAGUUGUAGUAUUACAGAUUGAAUGUAGUGAAUUUGCCUCAAUUUAUUUGAUACUUUAAACUGAAUAAAAAUGGGUUUUGUUUUAACAUUUUUAAGUAUUUUUUUUAAUGAGUACGAUAUACCUUCGGAACCAAUUAAGUUUGUCUUUGAAAUGCUGUUAGUUGUACUAUGCGGCAUUCCAAAAAUUAUUGGAUCAACGAUUUCGUAUGUUUAUUUUCCACCAGAGCCGAAAAAUGUCGAAGGAAAAUUAAUUUUGAUUACAGGGACCGCCCGGGGAAACGGCCGUGAACUGGCCAUACAAUUUCACAGGUUGGGGGCGAAAAUUGUGUGCGUUGAUAAAGACGAAGUGGGCAAUAAUGAAACGGUCGAUCGGAUCAAGGCGGAAGGUGGCCAAGCGGUGGGAUUUAAAGUGAAUAUUACCGACAAGGAGCAGGUAAUGAUGAUGCACGCGGCCGUGAGAGAUCAAAUGGGUCCCGUGGACAUUCUCGUUAACAAUGCCGCCGUGGUCGAGACGACAUUGUUCACCAAUCCGGAAGCCGACGACGUCAUAUCGGAAAUAGUCAACACGAACUUACUGGGCCAAAUUUGGGUAAUCAGGGAAAUACUUCCAUCGAUGUUGGAAAGGAACAGUGGCCAUAUCGUAACAAUAUCGUCGAUGACGUCAUUGAAAGGACUGCCUUUACUUUUCACUUAUUCUGCGACAAAAUCAGCUUUAAACGGUAUGAUGGAAAGUUUAACUAAAGAACUUAGAUUAAUGAAAUCUGACGUAAUUACCACAACGGUUUGUCCAUAUUUUAUCGCAAACUGUCCGGACAAAUCAAAAAGACGAAUAUUAAGACUUCCAGAAUUACCAAUUGAAGAUGCUUGCGCAAUGAUAAUCGAAGGAAUAUUACGAAAUGAACGAGUUUUUACGAUUCCAGAUUAUGACUUUUACGCUCUGCCAUUAAUAAAGUUUUUACCUGAAGAUUUACAAGAUAUGGUUGACGACAUCGUGUAUUCAAACAUCGAACCAACGCCUGACGAAGAAAAAGUCAUACAAAAAUAUACGAAAUUCGCGGAGAUGAAAAAACCACAGAUCUCAAUGUUUGCGCCAUGUUUAAAAAUGGGUAGCGUACCAGAUUAACUGACAGAAAUAUUAUUAUUGUUUAAAAAUAUUAUAUUGAGAAGUAUGUUAGAAAAAUAUUGAUAAAUAAUAGUUAUUAGUUUAAAACUUUAAACCAAUUAUUGUUAAUCACAUUUACAAUUUGUCCGUAUAUGGCCAUAUGGGUUUAUACAUUUUUAUUAAAAAUAAUAUUAUAUUAAUUUAUA